CUGAGUUUAAAACAGAAAAAUAAAUGUAACAACUGUCUUUCCCCCUUAGAAGCUUUUUCCAGGGCUUCCUAUUACCAGCUAGCAUUGGAGCAGCUGCACAGCUACCCAGAGGCCCUGGCGGCUCUGGGCCAUCCGCUUGUCCAUUAGCUCCACCUCACCGACAAGUACAGCUUCGUGGACAUUGCCCAUGCCCAGUUGAAGAUUCCAGUCUCUGGAACCAAGUUAGAGGGCCAUACCUAUGUCAGCUCAUCCAGAGAUGCCCCCUUUCAGAGGUGGCACCUUCAGAAGGUCUUCUUAAAGCUCAAGGGUGGUCAGCAGAUUCCCGUGUUUAAGCUCAGCUGGGACACUGGUGAUGAAGGAGGACAGGUGAUCAAAACGACUCUGCUUUCUCCAAGCGUGGCCUCCCCUCCUCACCGGGUCCCUCCAGGGCCUUGAGCCGGGUGUCCAGCACCAGGGGUGACUGUACGUGCUGGCAUGUGGUAAUUUUGGUAUAAUGCUAAUUUGACCACGGUUAUUGCGGGUUUUUAAUUUAAUCAAAAAUGGACAUUUUACUAUAAGUUUAUAAGAAUUUAUCUGCAAAUUCGCUAAAAGCAAAGCACAGAGUAAAAGGAAUCAGUGUUAAUAAGAUGUUCGCUGAUUUUUGCUAGUUCUCCUCUUUCUUUCCUGCCCCCUUCCUGCCCCUCCCUCCGGAUCCCCAUAGUUUUCAGUUCCAUCAAUGAGAAGGCAAGUCUUACUAGCAGCUCUGAAGAGGUCUGUAACUGUUAACAUGAGAAUGCCCGACCCUGAAUUCAUGUUAAGUAGCUUGCGAACAUUGUCAGUCCCUUUGAAAUGCUUUUUGCUUCACUGCUUUCGUUUUAUCUUCUUGUUUCUGUUUUAGUUGUCCGCUGUCUGCCUGAUAAGUUUGCAAAAUAACUGCUUUAGUCCAAACAUUUUAGAAGCUUAAAAAUAUGUAGGUGUACAUAGCACAUGCAAAACUAACUUGGGAAUGGUAGUUCAAAGCUAGUAGGUCCUUAUCCUUCUGCUCUGCAAACAGCCACAUAUUAGAGGAGCACACCUUUAGGUGGUACCUUUUUUAUAAGUGAACAUUAUGAAGCCAUCUUCCUCCCCUCUGAGCACCAGAGCUGAUGAAAACCAGAAAUCUGAUACAUUUGCUUUGAAAAGGCCAGUAUCACCCCCUUAUUGUUAUUAGGCUUAAUGCAGUUAUAAUUGCCUACAAUAAAGGAUGUUCAUUAGAUCUUUUCCUAAAUUAAAAAAAUAUUUUUUAAUGUUUAUUUUUGAGAGACAAAAAUCGUACUCUAAAUAUAUAAAGAACAUAUAAACCAUUAAGAGGUACGCUAAAACCGUAUUACAAAGAGGUCCAAGAAAAACUUAAAACAAUUUUUUUUAAUGUUUAUUUUACAGAGAGAGAGAGAGAGAGAGAGACAGAGCAUGAGCGGGGGAGGGGCAGAGAGAGAGGGAGACACGGAAUCUGAAGCAGGUUCCAGGCUCUGAGCUGUCAGCGCAGAGUCUGACAUGAGGCUCGAACUCACGAACUGCAAGAUCACAACCUGAGCCAAAGUAGGACUCUCAACCAACUGAGCCACCCAGGUUCCCUCUUUUCCUACAUUCUUAAUAUUCAUUGGAGGGAAGACUUUCCAGAAAUAUUAAGCUUAAAUUCAAUAUAGAGCAUGAGGCCUUUGAUCAUUGGAAGUUAUUUCUGUUCUGGAGCUUGUUUCUUUAAAAACAAAUAUUCUUUGAAUAGAUUAUAGAGUGAAAUAGGAGUCUCCCUGAAAGCACUUUUGCAGUUAGUACAAUCUGAACAAUCUUUUAAAGUACAGUAAAUCUUUGGUUUGCAAGCAUAAUUUGUUCCGGAAACAUGCUUGUAAUCUAAAACACUCAUAUAUCAAAGCGAAUUUCAAGAGCCAUUGGCUCAGUUUUGAUCAUGUGACAUUCACCAUCACAUACUGCUCAUAUUGCAAGACAUAGCUUGUUUAUCAAGUUAUAAUUUAUUAGAAAUGUUUGCUAGUCUUAUGAAACACAGAACUUUUACAUGCAAUCCAAAGUUUUACUGCAAAUGGUAGACUACUGUGCAUGUACUUCUGUGCUUUUAUUUUUUUAAUGUUUAUUUCUGAGUAAG